GUAGAGGGAGAGAAAUGAGCUUGGGGAAUUUGCCAGAGUAUCAUCAGCCCCGUCCCAUGCACAGCCCUCCCCCCCUGCGACGAGCCAGCCUCCCUCUGUUUCCUCCUGUGUUUAACUCCGUCACACCGACUCCGUCUCUCCUCAACACCCCAGCCCACACCCCACCCCUGUUUCUCGAUGCUCUGGAGAGCGGUGCCUCGUUGGCUCAUUUCGACACCCAGUCUCACCAGAAUGACACCAGCUUACUCUUUGACUUUGCGGAGAAGCUGAGCCAGCAGAGCAACUCCUUGUCUUAUCAGCUUCAAAACUCCUUUCCAACCAGCCAGCAUCAGCCUCAAACAUCUGUACCCCACAUGGCCUACCUUACUCCAUCACCCUACCUCACCCCCAACCCUCCAGAUUCCAACCCUACCACCUACCUUACAUUUGGACCUGGAGGAAGCUCAGCUAGACUGGUCACAUACUCAACAGGUGGUCACACCUUCUUUCAGCCCCAGAGGACCGGACAGAUCCUGCUGCAGCCAACCGGCCACCAUGGUGGGGUGGCAUCGUACCAGUCGUAUCCGUGGAGUAACUUGUACAGUCAGCCGGGCGUCCACCAGCGCACCCAGUGUCCCUCCACCUUCUCAGCCAGCUUAGGAUCCGUUCGAGACCUCCAGACCCCCUCUACCUCCAGCCUGCCUGUCCAUCCUGGCUUUCAGGUGGGGGAGCAUAACCCUUCACAUACAAACUUGCAGCAAGCAGCAGAGACCCAGUCACACAUUCCCACCAGCACCACCGUCCUCCCACCAGUGUCCACUCUGCGACCCUCCUGUCUCAGAGCUGAGACUACUCCGACCAGUUCUUCAUCGCUGCUUCCCUCUCAGGUCAGCUCCACAUCUCCUCAAAGCCCUUCAGCACCCUCUUGUGUUAAAUUGGAGUAUGACAGCCCUCGAGAGAUUCACAGUCACUUCCACUGUAAUUUCUCCCCAAUACAGUUUUGAAUCCGUGUUUGAGUUUCCCUUGUGUGUAAAUAGUGUAACAUUUUUGUAUAUUUGGUAUUAUUAAUAUAAUCUUCUCAGUGGAAAUGUUUGUGUCUUAAUACUCUGUUGGGCUGCGUAAAAGCUCAGCUCCAGUAAAUGCAAAUGGAAAGGUUCAUUUUAUGUGCUUAAAUUGCAUUUAAAACAGAUCUGCUAACAAAUCAUAUACAUUUUUAUUCAAGACAGUUUUGUUUUGGACUUUAAGUGCACAACUUGGUUAUUAUCCUGUAAAUCUUAGCAAGCAUGCACAAGUUUCCUUAUUUAUCUUGGGUACUAUAAAGGCAGAUUGGUACUGAGCUAGGACAUGUUAAAAAAAGAAAGGUGUAAACAAAUACAAAAGUAAAACCUUA